AUGAUUUCACCACGGUUGACGAGAAUUGCCAUAGCCUUGACAUCUCAUAACUAUGAGAUAAAAUAUAAGCCUGGUCCAGAGAUAGGUAAUGCUGACCAUUUAAGUCGUUGGCCACAACCAGUACAAAGUGAACCUCAAACACAUAUUGGUGAGGUUUUGUUAAUGGCUGAAGCUCCAGAAGAUUUUCCAUUUGAUGCAGAAGAUAUAUUCAAACGAAAGCACUGGCUAGAAGCUACGUUUGGUGGCCUGGACUAUGUAAAUGAUGACAUAGAACUUCUAGUUGGUGGUUGUGUUAGGUGCUUGGAAAAUCGACAUAUGCCUCCUAAGACUACACAUGAAUGGAUUACACCUUCGAGACCUUGGUCAAGAAUCCACAUCGAUUUCGCUGGACCGUAUCACAACAAAUAUUUUUUAAUUAUAGUCGACGCAUAUUCCCGAUGGCCUGAAGUAUUCAUGGUAUAUAAUACAACAACAGCCACGGUAAUACGAUUGCUGAGAACGACCUUUGCAACUCAUGGUCUAUGUGAAGUUUUAGUAUCGGAUAAUAGUACAUCGUUUGUAUCAGGAGAUAUGAAGCAUUUUUUGCAGGCCAAUAAAAUUCGUCAGGUAACUACAGCACCUUACCAUCCGGCGACCAACGGAUUAGCAGAACGGAUGGUACAGACAGUCAAAGAUAAACUAAAGAAAAUGAAUGAUUUAUCUUGGGAUAUCAAAAUUCCGAAUUUAUUGUUAGGUUUGCGGGUUACUCCAUGUACAGGAACCAAUAAAACCCCCGCAGAACUAUUAAUGAAUAGACAGUUGCGCACAUUGUUAGAUACUAUACAUCCAGAUAAUCUGAAACAUAAACAACAAACAGAAAUACAAAUUGACAACAAUAAACAGAUAGCAGGCAGAGAAACUACUGUGGGACAAAAUGUAAUGUUCAGAAAUUAUAGCCAUCAGGGCCCUAAAUGGUUACCAGGCAAAGUCUUGCAGAAAAGUGGGCCUUCCAAUUACAAAAUUGAAACAGAGGAAGGUGUAGCAGUUAAUCGGCAUAUUGAUCAGUUGAUUAAAUAUAAACCAAGGCUAGAGAAAGGGGAAGAAGGGAUUACUGAUAUAACGUCAGAGGCAAAUAAAGACUCUAAUAGCACAGAUAGUAGUGGUACGAAUUACCAACAAGAGCAACAGGAAAAUAGUAGUCAAGAGUCAGAGACAAUUAUUGAAAUACCAGAUCCCAUCAAAAACAUAAAUGUGAGCGAAUAG